CAGCACUCGGAAGCAGAAUACUUGUUCAAAUAUGUAUGGAGUUGAUUUUCAAUGGGAGUUUUGUUGAGGAGUUUGGUCUGUUUAGCACACAGACACCAUAAAAUCUCGUUGUUGUCAAUAUCUGUGCAGAUGCAGUUAUAAACAAUAUCGUAUACACAUCUGACAUGUUUUCAAAAUGGAUUUCAAGUGUUUAAUAUCCUGGGGUUUUCAAUCCCCGUAAUCUGGACUGAUUUUUCUGUCUCGGCAUUUGAAACAAAUUCUAAAAUGAAUGGAUCUACAGAAAUCACAUUGCUAACGAAGAGGAAAUGUAAAUAAUCAUUAUGCAUGCUCGAUAGAAAUCUGACAAAUUAUUAUAUAAGAACCUUUAUUGACUCCGUUGAGUUACCAUAUAUAUGUAUGACGUAAGCGAUAUAGAAGCGCAACAUGGAAAGAACAAUUUUGACUAGGGUGUAUUAAAACAAUAUUUAUGUACAUGACUACAAACUAAAGAAUCUGUCAAUCAUGUUUGAAGGCUACGUUUUUCUAGACGAGAAUGAGGAGGAAUAUUAUGACACCGAGGACAAUGGAUUAACUCCAUUGAUGAUAGCAGUCAAAGAAAAUAAACUGGUUAUUGUUGAAAGACUGAUAGAUCUUGGCGUUAACCUUAAUGAUAGAGCCAAGGAUGGGAGAACUGUUAUGCAUUAUGCGGCAGCUUAUGCCAAAGAUGACAUUGUUAAAAUAUUGCUCAACAAGAAGGCUGAUAUUACCAUCACUGGCGGGCCGAAAGACGAGCUUCCUUUACAUCUUGCAUGUGCAAGAACUAGUGGAGCUGUCACAGUUGUACAGGCUAUAUUGCGAGCUGCUGUCAAAGACCAGAGGUUAUCUAUGGACAAGAUUGGUUGUAUACCAUUGUUUUUGGCAGCUGAAGUUGGAAAUGUUGCUGUAUGCAAAGAAUUGUUGUCAUCGCAUGCCGAACAGCAACUUAAUAUGCAGCGAAAGGACAAUGGAGACACUGCACUACAUGUUGCUUGUCGCAGAAGAGAUAUGGACCUUGCAAGACUUCUAGUGGAUGCAGGGGCACCUGUUGACUUACAAAAUAAUGAAGGCCAGUCAGCGUUACAUAUUGCAGCAUUUGAAGGUGAUGAAGCAAUGUUGAAAUUUCUUCUACUGAACAAAGCAAGUCCGUAUCUUACAGACAAGCAUGACCGCAGUCCUGUGCAUAUAGCCGCUGAAAGAGGCCAAACACACAUAGUGGACAUGCUACUGGACAAAUACCGGUCAUCUCUGUCAGCAAGGACCAAGGACGGUAACACAUUGAUGCACAUAGCCUCAACAUUUGGUCAUCCUGAAACUGCUUUAGCUUUUCUAAAGAAAGGUGUUCCCUUAUAUAUGCCAAAUAAGUCAGGUGCACUUUGUCUCCAUGCGGCUGCUAUGAAAGGUCACGUGUCAGUCCUUAAAGCUCUUCUUCAAAAAGGGAUUGCAGUUGACUCUAGAACAAAGGAUGGUUACACAGCAUUGCAUUUGGCGGUAGAGUUUUGCAAACCACAAUCUGUUCAACUAUUACUUGGUUAUGGGGCACAAGUUGAAGCCAAAGGUGGAAAGGGUAAAGAAACACCGUUACACAUUGCCGCCCGUACAAAAGAAGGUGAAAAAUGUGCCGAUAUGUUACUGAAGAGUGGGGCAGAUGUAAAUGCAUUUAAAGAGAAUGGUGAGACUGCAAUGCAUAUUGCAGCAAGGAGCGGUCAGCAAUCAAUGAUCUCAGCACUUCUAGAGGACGGUGCUGAUCCGACAGCAUUCUCAAAGGCUGGAGAAACGCCUUUGCAUAUGGCGGUGAGACACUGCCAUUUGGAAGUGGCCAGAGAGAUCAUUCAAUAUGUGACUCGGCACAAAUCUCGUAUAGAUGCCAUAAUGCUUGUAAAUCAACAAAAUUAUGAAGGUGAAACAUCCGUGCAUUAUGCCGCCGGUCUAAGUAAAGCGUUGGCACAUGACGAAUUUGAGGAUACCGAUCUUAUGAAACUUCUGCUUGAACAUAAUGGUGACACAAAUAUUCAUUCCAAGAUGACAUACGAGACGCCCUUACAUUACGCUGCUAGAUCGGGAAAUGACGAUGUAAUGUUGGAAAUGGUAAAGCAUAUUGGUGUUAUCAACAUUCAGAAUGCGGUCAAUAGGCAGGCAAAGAAUGGCUGGUCACCAUUGCUAGUUGCCAGUGAACAAGGUCAUCUUGAGGUCGCUAAGAUACUUCUUAAUCACCAUGCAAGAGUCGAUGUAUUUGACGAGGCACAUGGUAAAGCUGCGUUGCAUCUUGCAGCUGAAAAUGGUCAUGAUCAAGUUGCUGACAUGUUGUUGUGGAAUAAAGCUUAUGUAAAUGCCAAAUCUAAAUCCGGUAUUACGCCUCUACAUUUAGCGGCACAGAAUGGGUAUAACACUCUGGUCAGACUUCUUAUACAAACUCACAAAGCAUCUAUAGACGCACUUUCUCUCGCAAAGAAAACUCCUUUACAUAUGGCGGCACAGUACGGGCGGUUGGAAGUUUGCAAUACAUUACUCAAGUUUAAUGCAGACGCAAAUGCCGUUGACGAGCAUGUACAGACACCGCUCCACCUAGCGGCAGAAAACGACCACUCAGAUGUUGUUAAACUGUUUCUCAAACACAGACCAGAGCUUGUAACCAUGGCAAAUACGAAUGGGAUGACAAUAGCACAUAUAGCUGCAGCAAAAGGAAGUGUCUGUGUGAUCAAGGAAUUGAUGAAGUUUAAUAAAUCGGUUGUUACUUCUACAAGAAACAGGACAAAUGAUUCAACAGCGUUGCAUAUGGCAGCAGAAGGGGGUUAUACUGAAGUUGUUGGCGCGCUUCUUGAGGCUGGGGCCAAUCCAAAGGAGGAAAAUGGGGAUGGCAAUACUGCAUUGCAUCUAGCUGCCAAACAUGGUCAUAUCCAAAUAAUGGAAGCAUUGAAAGGGAAAUUGUCUCUUAGGACCCCUAGCAGAAAGACCGGGUUAACAGCGCUGCAUGUAGCAGCCAGUUAUGGCCAGGUCGACUUUAUCCGUGAGAUGUUAAUUACUGUACCGGCUACAAUUAAGUCCGAUCCUCCUGGAGGCGGUGACACGGGGAUUAAAGAUCUGACUACUGAAGGAAAGAGAGGCUGGUUUGGUGUAAAGAAACGAUUUAUUGGGGCACUUGGAGAGUAUGGAUUGGUGCCUUUACAUCUUGCAGCGAAAUCUGGCCACGAAGGUUUGGUACGCCUUCUUCUAAAUUGUCCUGGUGUUCAGGCAGACACAGUAACAAUGAUACAGGGUUCUACAUCCCUCCAUCUGGCUGCACAGAGUGGACAUGUUCACGUGGUUAGUCUGUUGUUGAGUAAAUCUACAGCAAUGAUUCAUGUAAAGGACAAACGGGGACGGACCGGCAUUAUGCUGGCCGCGGCCAAUGGUCACCUAGACAUGGUCACUUUAUUAGUGGGACAGGGAGCUGACAUAAAUGCUUCUGAUAAGAAUGGAUGGACAAGUUUGCACUUUGCAGCAAAAGCGGGAUAUCUUAAUGUAGUGAAAUACUUGGUAGAAAGCGGUGCUUCAACAAAGCAUGAGACUAAGGAUGGCAAAGUUCCCAUAUGUUAUGCGGCAUCAUUCUCUCAUUUUGAUGUACUCAGUUAUUUGAUGCAGAAAGACCAUAGUACUCAAAGACUUAUGGACGAUAAAAAGUUCGUGUUUGAUUUGAUGAGUUGUGGUAAGCAGAACAAUGACAAAUGUAUUGAAGAAUUUAUCGUACUGUCUCCUGCCCCAGUGGAUACUGCUGCCAAGCUGUCACAAAACUUUCGUGUUCUUGCUGGAAAAGAAAAAGAAAGAGCACGUGAUUUAACUGCUGCGGGUGAUUAUUGUGAAAAUAUGGCAACCGAUCUUCUUUCAACUGCUACAAGCACUAACAGUCCAGCAACGCUUCUGAAAGCAGUGGACUGUAAUGGAACUCCAUUUCUUGACGUCUUAAUGGAAAAUGAACAAAAACUUGUUGUUGCACAUCCAGCUGUGCAGAAAUAUCUUUCAGAUAUUUGGAUGGGCAAUCUGAAUUGGGCUACAUGGAAAAUACUUAUGCUAUUUUGUGGUUUCCUGUUCCUGCCAAUGGUUUGGAUAUUGUUUUCUCUUCCAUUAAGACAGCGUUUUAACAAAGUUCCGAUUAUAAAAUUUAUGUCAUAUUUAGUAUCACACCUCUACCUGAUGUUACUUAUCUCAAUAACAAUAGUAUAUCCACUAGUGCCCAUCUGGGAGUCAGGGUCGUUGAUACCACACUGGUAUGAAUGGGUUUUACUAGCAUGGUUGUCUGGAUUGCUAGUUUCAGAAUUGACGAAUCCGGGUGAUCGUGACGGACUUGGAUAUAUUAAAGCAAUUAUUCUUAUAAUGAGUGCAGUGGCCAUAGCCAUACAUGUUAUUGCAUUUGCAUUCGAAGAGAAUGACAGGCUUGUGGCCAUAUUCAUUCGUAAUCAUAUUUUUGCAUGGGCUUUAUUGUUAUGUUUUGUACAAUUGUUGGACUUCCUGUCAUUCCAUCACCUGUUCGGACCAUGGGCAAUCAUUAUUCGUGAUUUGUUAAAGGAUUUAACAAGAUUUCUUGUCGUGUUAGUUAUAUUCAUGACUGGAUUUACGCUUCACCUGACAUCAAUCUAUCAGCCUGUGUUUAAACCAACCGAACCUGAUCCUGCUCUCGGUGACGGAGAUGGAGCAGGUCUAGAAACUCCAUAUAUAACUCCACUAGAUGUUUUCGAACUGCUAUUAUUCUCAUUGUUUGGAUUGGUAGACCCGGAUAAUCUUCCAUCACUAUAUCGCAGUCCUAUAUGGGUUGUUUCCCUUGUAAAGAUAGUGUUCGGGACAUACAUGAUGGUAACGUUGAUUGUGCUGAUAAAUCUGUUAAUUGCUAUGAUGUCAGACACUUACCAAAGGAUUCAGCAACAGUCAGACACUGAGUGGAAAUUCGGGAGAGCGAAACUUAUCCGCAAUAUGAACAAAACAUCGGCAACACCUUCGCCCUUAAACCUUUUUACAAAACUAUUUCAGUAUAUCAGACUAGCGUACAGACAUAAAGGUAAAUUAUGUAGUGCUCAAGCACAAGCCUACAUCAACGAGGAGGAUGAUAUUGAUGCUCUGUCUGAUACAAGAUCGAUGGACAUUCUAGCGAAUUCUUCUGCCGUCUGGCUCCAAACAAUCCGAAGACGUCGCAGUGCAAAAAUCACUCCAGAUGGUGUAGCCGGAAUGGUACGGAGUCAUCAUGGACCUCAGAGGUUAGAAGACGCAAUUGAUUGGAAAGCCGUGGUGAAACGGUACUACAAAAUGCAAGGCGUUGACGAAUCAUCAGAUGAUGAUGACGAGAAAAAUGGGAUUCUAAAUCAUUCAAAUAAUAACCAUAUAGAUGCUCUUAAUGAUAUGCAGGGUUAAGUUUUUAAUUCAUAGGAUGAAUAUGGGAAUUAAACAAAUUAUAUUAUGAAAAUGAUCGUUAUAACAAACACAUAUCAAUACAUGAAGGUAACGAGUGCUUAUUUGACAAGGUAUAUUGAAUUAAGUAAACGCAAUGACAUAUUCAACAGUUAAUAUGUGUUAAAUAACACCAUAGAAAAACUAGAAUACUUGCAUUAAAGGUUAUAAAGCCGUUACAGCACUGGAUAUUUCAAAUAAACAUGCUUGACUAAAACAUUUAACAUUUUAGGCAGAAUUUCAGAAUAGCGAACAGUGACACAGAUAAACUGAUCUUGGUCUGCAGGGAUCGCAUGGGUUAACCAGGCUAAGGAUUAAUGAUCAUUUUUACCUAAUCAUGGCAUUUUAAUUUGUUAGUGUGUUUCUAUGUACACCUCAUUUCCCCAUAAUGCACAAUCAUAAUUCUUCUUUAUAUAUUUAAGUGAGUGUAUAGGUGUAAAUUAAACUAUAAUAUUAUGUAUAAUGACAUUGAUAACAUACAUGAACGUGUUGAUAAAAUA